AUGUGGGCUGUAAUCACUGCCACCACGAAUCCAUACCCAAUGCCUGCCGGAGACCUGAAGGUCUCCUGGGCUCCAGACACGUCCCGUGGUACCAUUCUACUCAGGUAUGAGUACCACUUUCCAGUAUCCGGUGAAGCGGAGGCCAUACUGGCGGUCGGUUACCGUUUAAAUACGACAACAUGCACCACAUAUAUGCCAAAACCAACCGGAAGGCCCAUACUUGAAUUUGUCUCAGUAUUGUGGAGACCAUAUCAGGAUUACCUGAUAGUUGAUAUUGAACGUGUUCAGAAUAGAUUUUUGCGUUUUAUAGCUGGACAAAUUGGUAUGCCUGUGGAUUACCAGAAUCAUGAUUACACAGAUUCACGUGAGAGUUCAGGAGCUUAUUUGUGUCAAGAAUUUACGAAAGGUGCGAGCUUAAAUUAUCGAACUCAUCUUUUUUUCAUGGAAUAUGAAUACAACUUUUUUUCUCCUUUUGACGUUGUGUUGGUUACGCAGUGUAGUGCCAAUAGGAUGUCAUUUUUGGAGGAAAUAUCAAAGAAUUGGCCAGGUUCUAUCAGUGUGGCUCUUUACUUUACAGAUAAUGAAGUUCAAUCUUUUGUCAAAUUCGUCCAAAAUUCUGAAAGUUUGCGGAAAAGGAAGAAUAUUGCUUAUCAUAUUGUUUAUAAAGAAGGUGAAUUUUAUCCAGUGAAUUACUUACGAAAUGUCGCCAUGUCACACAUUUCAACACCGUUUGCUUUUCAAAUGGACAUUGAUUUUAUUCCUCAUAUUGGAUUAUUAAAAUCAUUUACAAAAUACAUCGAAAAAUAUAAUAUUACUCGAUCAUCAAUGAUUGCCAUUGUAGUGCCUGCCUUUGAAACUCAACGUUAUAGAUUCACAUUUCCAAAGAAUAAAAAGAAAUUAAUAUUAGAUCUAAAUAAAGGAUUAAUAUAUACAUUUCGUUACCAUGUUUGGUCUCAAGGACAUGCAGCUACUAAUUAUUCAUUUUGGAAAAAAGCUUCUACUCCUUACGAGGUUUCCUGGCAACCUGACUAUGAACCAUAUAUAGUUGUACCGAGUUCAGCCCCAAAAUAUGAUAUAAGAUUUAUUGGAUUUGGAUGGAAUAAAGUAUCUUAUAUAACUCAUUUGACAGCAAUUGGAUACAAAUAUCUUGUCCUUCCUGACACAUUUAUCAUACACCGACCUCAUGCACCUAGUGAAGACAUUGCUAAAUUUAGAACGAGUCAUAUUUAUCGAAGAAUAGAAAUUAUAUCAGCAAAAGCGAUUUCGAAGAUAUUUUAUGUAAAAAAUCGAAAUCUGCAGAAGGAUUCCAAAAGCGCUUCCAGAGCUUGA